AUGGAAGAAACCGAAUUUCUAGAGGAAAAAUUAAUUAUUGGCGGAGAUUUCAACAUAAGGAUAGGACAAUUAGGAAGAUUUGCUGGGAUCAAUGCUGAUGGUGAAGAUGAAGAAAGAAACAGCAGAGAUAAUGUGAUAAAUAAUGGAGGAAAGAAUUUAGUGAAUUUAGUGGAACAAAAAGGAUGGAUUAUUCUAAAUGGAGUAGCUGUAGGAGACGAGAUGGGUGAAUUCACCUUUACGGGAACUAGAGGAAAUUCGUGUUGGGAGGAUAUUACAAGUUUCAAAAUUGAGGACAGAGUGGAGUCUGAUCAUAUGCCAAUGUGUUUGAAGUUAUUUAGUGGAGGUAAGAAAAAGAUGGAGGCGAUAGGGGAUAAAUGCAUAGAGAAUAAAACAGUUUACUCUUGGAGCGAAGAGGAUAUACCAAUUUUCAAUACGAGAACUCAAAGACUGGAAUCACAGAUUAAACCGGAUGAUAAUGUUGAGGAUUUGUGGAAGGAUUUGAAAACUAAUGUAGAAAUAGCUGUGAUUAAAAAAGAAAUUAAAAUUAGGAAAUGGAAGAUCGGUAAAAUAGACAAAAGCGCAUAUCUGGAAAAAAGAAGAGAAUGGCGAACGAUUUGCAAGCAGAAAGAAAAAGAUCACAAAGAAAAGGAAGAAAACGACCUAAAGAAUAUUAAAGAUGAAAAAGAGGUAUGGAAAUACUUAAACAAAGGCAGGAAAAAGAAAAGCAUUGAGGACAACAAUAUAAAAGAUGAAGAAUGGAUUGAGCAUUUUAAGAAUCUACUGGAAGGAUCAGAAGUAAGAAUUACGGGGACAGCUGGAGAUUUAAAUAGGGAAGAAAAGGAGGAAGAAAAAUUAAGGAAAGAAGAAAUAACGAAAGCAAUGAAGAAUAUGAAGAAAGGAAAAGCGGCAGGGAUUGAUAAUAUUCCUUAUGAAGUUUGGAUGUAUGGAGGAGUGGAUCUAAUAGAUAGAUUUUACACUGUAAUUAAAAAGGUUUGGGAUGGGGCGGGAUUCCCUGAAGAUUGGAAGAUGGCGAUUAUAACACCGAUAUAUAAAAAGGAAGAUCCAAAUGACGUUAAAAACUAUAGAGGUCUUUCAUUAUUGGUCACGGCUUAUAAAAUUUACACGAAAGUAAUUAAGGAAAGGUUGGAAAAAGAAGUAGAAGGGAAAAAUAUACUACCAGAAGGACAAGCUGGAUUUAGGAAAAAGAGGUCAACAAUUGAUAAUAUAUUCGUCUUAAACCAUGUCACGCAAAAAGCAAGAGGAAAGAAAGAUAAGGUAUAUGGGAUGUUUAUUGACUUAAAGAAAGCUUAUGACACGGUUGAUAGAGAAAAAUUGUGGAAUAUAAUGAAAAAGGUUGGAAUAAGUGAAUAUUUGAUAGAAAAAGUGAAAGAAAUAUAUUAUGAAACUAAGGUCAGAAUUAAAAAAAAGGAUGGAUUGACUGAUGAAUUUUGGACAAGUAAAGGGGUGAGGCAAGGAUGUGUACUAAGCCCUAUCCUUUUUUGUAUAUAUUUGACAGAAUUGGAAGAAGAAUUUAAAGUAAGGAACAUAGGUGGAGUUAAAAUAGGAAGUUUGAGAAUUUGGACGUUGGCUUUCGCUGACGAUAUAGUACUUUUGGCUUAUGGUAGGGAUGCAUUAUUGGAUAUGAUGGACACACUCAAAAGAUUUCUAAAGGAAAGGCAAUUAAUACUAAGUGUGGAGAAAACAAAAAUAUUAGUGUUCAAUAAAGGUAAACGAGGGAAAAAAGAGGUAUGGAAAUGGGAAGGAGAAGAGAUAGAAGAAGUCAAAACUUUUAAAUAUUUAGGAUUUACUUUUAAUGAUGAGUGUAACUAUAAGGAUCACAUAAAAGAACUUAAAAGGAAAGGAGUUGUAGCAGCAAAAAUAACAUGGGGACUUGGAGAAAACAGAUGUAGAGGUGAUUUUAUAAGGAGGAAAAUGUUAUUUACGUAUUUGGUUAAGAGUGUUAUGUCAUAUGGAGUUGAGAUUUGGGGUUGGGAAGAAAAAAAAGAGUUGGAGAAAAUUCAAAUGGAUUAUUUUCGUUGGAUCUUAAGGUUGGAUAUCUGUACGCCUAAGUAUAUAGUUUACAAGGAAACGGAAACAUACAAGAUGAAAAUUGAUUGGAGCAAAAGGGCGACGAAAUACGAAGAAAAAAUUACAAAACAGGAUGGGAGAUUAACCAAACUAUGCUGGAUGGAAAAAAUAAAACUAGGUGAGGAAGACAAAUACGGUGAGGAGAGGAAGAAGUUUUACAAUGGAUUAGGUUUGAGUACACUGGACGUGGAAAUGAAAAAGGAUAUGGGUAAAAAUGUACAUGUGGAAGUUUGGGAAAGAGGUAGAGAUAUUGAAAAGCAGAUGGUAAUAGGAAUGAUAAAUGAAUCAUCGUUUAACCCAAGGUAUAAACACAUAAUGGCAGAAGGAUUACCAAAAUAUCUUCGGAAUUAUAAUAGAGGGAGAGAAUUGGAUGUUAUUGCGAAAAUUAGGUGUGGAAAUGUAGAAAGAAUAAAUAGAUACUGGUUAAAUGAAGAAGAUUGGAUAUGUAAUCUAUGUAAGGAAGGUUGGGGUACUUUUGAACAUUUACUACUAGAAUGUGAAGUAACAAAACAAUGGACCGAAGGAUUUUUGGAAGGUGUGAAUGAUAAAAUUAAGGUAUUAACAAAUGAAGAUGGUAGGAUAGAAGUUAGUAGAGUUUUUAAGCAUAUUGUAAAACAAAUAAAAGUGAAAGAAUAA